CGUCUUGCCCGUACAACACUCCUGACCAUGGCAUGAUGCGAAGCCUCCCGUCGCCCCUCUAGUACCGUCGAUUGCCGCUCGACCCAUGAUACCAGAUGCGGGCUUGAAGCAGCUUGAAAUUCGGCAAGCAACAGCGACGUCGCGUACGGCCACUAGUUCGCUAUCAUUCACACGCCGCAAGCCUCACAGAUAGCUUACGCCUUGGGGGCCUCGUCCUCCAGACAGCAGAGCCCUGUGGCGCUCCGACGAACUGAACAUACCGAUUUUCGCCUGCACCCUUUCAGCCUUAAGCAGUUGUUUGCCAACGGCUCGCGAGCAGCUUGGGUUCUGUCCGUCCAACGAUGACGGACUCCCAGGCGCUCGAGCCUCCUGCCGACGUGAACGCAACGGAUCCAGGGGCACGACAGCUUUGUUCGUUAUCAUUCUCGCCCGGAGCCACCAGGCAUAGCUAACUAUUAUGUAGCCGAGUCGUCGGAUGAUGAGGAUCAGUUUACAGAUGCGCAGUCCGGACCGGUGACACCUCGAGCACAAACCCCAGUGCCGACGACAAGAGUCGAGAAAGUUGGCAACGAGCCUUCCCAUGGUGAAGUCCCGGGCACCGAAGGAUACGAAAAAGGAGAAGGGGACGCAAUGCCAGACGAAAUUGCUGUCGUUGGAAAUGGUCAUGGCACGUGUACGCCUCAACAUGAGCCGAGUGAGGGAAAGGGUGACGAGAGCCACGAAGCCGAGCAUUCUGAACUUCCGGUAAUCGCGCUGGAGGGACUUCCUGGCGACGGAUCGAGCCCUUGCUCCCAAGAGGUCGAUAGCAAAAGAAAUGCGGAUGAGGCGCCAGAUAUUGUCAUCAGCUCGAGCGAAGAAUAUCCGGAAGGCGAUGACGACUUCGGAGACGACUUCGACGAUUUCGAAGAGGGCGGGCAAGACGACAACGGCUUCAAUGAUUUUGACGAAAAUGACUUUGAGCAACCACAGCAGUCGAGCACCGCACCCUUUCCAAUUCAGCCAUCGGCAUUACCAUUUCCCAUACCAGACUUUGACGGUCUACGCAUGGACGAAGUUAUCACCGCCACUGAACCGCACCUAGACACCCUUUUCCCGCCUCAGGAGCUUGACUUUAGCAACCCAUCGCCACUUCCAAAGGACACGACAACCUUUCUUACACCUCGCUCCGCAUCACUAUGGUCUCAACUUGUGGCGCCACCCCCGCUGGCUCCUCCAGACUGGAUCCGGUCUCGCACCCGACGGCUGUUUCUUGUAUCGUUGGGUGUACCUGUGGAUCUGGACGAAAUUCUCCCAGCUUCUAAACAAAAGAAGCUGGUGCUGCCAUCACUAAACAUCUCUGCCACGUCACCCCGCACAUCUAGCGAUUCACGGUCGGCGUCGCGGCUACGGCAGGGGGACGGUAACGGCUCGUCAACCUCAGUGGACACUCAGGGUCGGCCGAAGGAGUCGAAGAGACGAAAAGGUGCUCCGCAACAGCCAGAGCUGGACUUGGUUGCCGCGCGGUACCUUUGUACGACGACGGAUGAAGCACUUGACGGUAUGACGAAUGAAGAGCUCAAGCAACACGUCGAGAAGUUGGAGUCCAUACAAGGCACAGCAAAGGACGUUCUCGAAUAUUGGCAGAAACGAACGGACGAAAAAAUCGGCGAUCGCGAGGCUUUCGAGGGAGUGAUAGAGAACCUCGUCAAGCAUGCGCGGAAAGUACGAAAGUAGACAAAGUUUUAGAUACGCUCAAUAAUUCACGUGGCAAACUGCCUGAGCAAGAG